AAAUUAUGUCUACGCCUUCAACUCCAAAUAUAAAUGAUGAUGAAACUACUUUUGAUAUCGCGAAUGAAUCUGCAAAGGAUAUUAAUGAUGAAAUGGAUUUCAAACAAUCUUCUACGCAAGAUGAAUUUUUUUCCUUUAUAAAUUUAAAUGAUAAUAUUGAACAUAUGGAAAACAAUUCUGAUGAUAAUUCUUCUGAAACGGAUUCUUUUGAUGAAUUAAUACAUAUUGAAGAUAAUGAAGAUAUAUGUGUAGAUACUGAGGACUCAGAUGAUGAAAAUGAGAUUACGAAAAUUAUAAUUGAGAAAAAUAAUAAAAUAUGUCAUUCCACUUGUGCAAUUAUG